GCAACGGUUACGCUUAUGUAUUUUAAAACUGAAAAGGUAUACACUUUGGAAGGUAAUCACAAGAUUAAAUUGUAUAUAUGUGCAAAGGAUGGCAUUUAUAAGUUAAUAAAUGCGAUAGCAAAGACAGUGAGUUAAUAGUUUAUAUUUAUAUUCAAGUUUAGCAUUAAAGAAAAAAGAAAGUCAAAAUGAACACGUCAAUGACAUACUGCCCUCCAAAUAUAACAUUCAAUGGAAUCUGGGUAGAACAUGGAAUUUCAAAAUGUUUCAUGGACACUAUUACUACAACUGUGAUUUCGUUGUAUCUAUUGACUUUUGGUACACUGCAGCUAUGGAUGUACAACAAAUAUGGAACAGAAGUAUCUGCACUUUUGUUACCAAAAAAUAAGCUGUAUACUUUGCAAAAGUUUCUCUUAUACUUUGUUCCAAUACUAAGUGUAGUCAGAAUAGUUCUUCAAGGUACGAUUCUAGAUGACAAAAGAGUUUAUGGUUACAUGAUCCUGUCAACAGUAUUGACUACAAUCAUUUAUUUGUACUCUGUAUUCAUAUUAAAGAUAGAGAGGCACAAGCUAUUACCUGGUGUGCCUCCACGCGGUCAUGGACUUGUUUUAUUGGGUUUUUGGACUUUAGCAUUUGUCUCUGAGAAUCUUGAUUUCAUUAACAUUGGAAAACUGGAAUGGUGGUUUCAUCUGAAUACAGUGACCGACCAAAUCGAGAUGGCACUGUUCAUUCUGCGUUACGUCAGCAAUCUUCUCAUCUUUGCGUUAGGACUCAAAGCUCCGGGUCUGACUGGUAAUUUGGAUCCCGAAUAUCGUGCUAUAAUCGAUGGUCCAACUACACGGUCGAGAUAUUAUCAAGGUAGAGCCGAGGAUACCAGUUCCGCAUGGAACAAUGCUUUGUAUAAGAUAAAAACAUUAGCACCAUUUUUAUGGCCUAAAAAAAGUUUUCUACUUCAACUCCGAGUUACGUUUUGCUUCGUGUUACUUAUACUCGGACGUUUAAUAAAUCUGUAUGUGCCGGUUUAUAAUAAAAAAAUCGUGGACAGUGUUACCGAAGCUCAUGGAAUUUUCAGGUGGGACCUGGUAUUGAUAUAUGUGGCAUUCAAAUUCUUACAAGGCGGAGGUACAGGUGGCAUGGGAGUACUGAAUAAUUUAAGAUCAUUCUUAUGGAUUCGCAUACAACAGUAUACGACUAGAGAAAUUGAAGUAGAAUUGUUCAGACAUUUGCAUAGUCUGAGCUUGCGUUGGCACCUUGGAAGAAAGACCGGUGAAGUCUUGAGAGUGAUGGAUCGUGGUACGGACUCUAUAAACAAUCUUUUCAAUUACAUUCUCUUUUCCAUUCUGCCUACAAUCGUCGAUAUCGUUGUUGCCGUUGUAUUUUUCAUUAGCGUCUUUAACAAAUGGUUCGGCUUAAUCGUAUUCUUAACUAUGACGCUUUAUAUAGCUGCCACAAUUAUGGUUACCGAGUGGCGUACAAAGUUCCAAAGACGUAUGAACCUGGCGGAUAAUGCUCAAAAAGCACGAAGCGUUGACAGUUUACUUAAUUUUGAAACGGUGAAGUAUUACGGAACAGAAUCGUACGAAGUCGAUAGUUAUAGAAAAGCGAUAAUAGAGUUCCAAGCGGAGGAAUGGAAAUCAAUGAUUACAUUGAAUAUUUUAAAUACAUCGCAAAAUAUAAUCGUAUGCAGCGGUCUACUAGCUGGUUCAUUACUUUGUUUACACAUGGUUGUGGCUAAUCAGGGUUUAACAAUCGGUGAUUACGUUUUGUUCGCAAGUUAUAUCAUUCAACUUUAUGUGCCAUUGAAUUGGUUUGGAACAUACUACCGCGCGAUACAAAAAAAUUUCGUUGAUAUGGACAAUAUGUUUGAUCUUCUGAGAGAAGAGCAGGAAGUAAUUGAUGCUCCAGGUGCAGGGCCAUUGGUAAUAAAACGUGGUCAAGUAGAAUUUUCAAACGUGACAUUUAGUUACGCUCCCGAGAAAGUUAUACUAAAGAAUGUUAGCUUCGUCGUUCCAGGAGGAAAAACUGUUGCGCUUGUUGGACCCUCUGGGGCCGGAAAAUCAACUAUAAUACGACUGUUGUUCAGGUUCUAUGACGUGGAACAAGGUGCGAUUCUGAUCGACGGUCAGAAUCUGAAAACAGUCAAGCAAACUUCGUUGAGACGUGCGAUAGGUGUUGUGCCUCAAGAUACAGUAUUGUUUAACAAUACUAUAAAAUAUAAUAUUCAAUACGGUCGUAUUGAGGCUGUAGAUGCAGAUGUAAUUGCUGCAGCUAAAAGUGCAGACAUUCAUGAACGGAUUCUCUCAUUUCCAAAUGAGUACGAGACACAGGUCGGUGAAAGAGGGCUUCGUUUAAGCGGUGGAGAAAAGCAACGCGUUGCUAUCGCGCGAACACUAUUAAAGGAACCAGCAAUUGUACUUUUAGACGAAGCAACGAGUGCUCUCGACACCCAAACUGAGCGUAACAUCCAAGCAGCGUUGAGCACAGUGUGCGCCAAUCGUACAACUAUCAUUAUAGCACACAGAUUGUCUACGAUAAUACAUGCCGACGAAAUUCUCGUCUUGAAGGACGGAAUGCUCGUAGAAAGAGGGAAACACGAAGAUCUUAUUCAUUAUAAUGGAGUGUAUCAUUCCAUGUGGCAAGCGCAGCUGCAGAACGAUCAAGAAGUGAAUAAAGUUUCGAACGACGACGUUCAUCAGGAAACCGAUGGAUCAAACAUUUAG